AUGUGUCUUACAUUUGCCCUCUGGGGUCUUGCAGGAUUAUUCCUAUUACCUCUAUCCUCGUCAUCUGCUGUUCCCUACAACAACUACCGCAAGGUCACUGCUUUUCCUCCACCGCACACCACCGGCCUACAGAUCCACGACCCCAGCGUGAUCAAGGUAAACAACACAUACUACGCAUACGGCGUCGGUCCGCAUAUCAACAUCUCCCGCGCAACGAGUCUCGACGGCCCAUGGACGAACAUCGGCUCCCUGCUCGGCAACAAGCUCAGCGUGAUCGAGAAGGGUGACCGCUUCAUGCCCUGGGCGCCAGAUGUGAUUGAAUUUAACGGCACAUUCUACUGCUACUACAGCGUUAGCACGGCGGGGUGUCGCGACAGUGCGAUUGGCGUCGCUACGUCUCAUUCACCGGAGCCAGGGGCGUGGAUUGACCAUGGCGUUAUCGUGCAGUCCGGUACGGGAAAGGGAUCGGACGUCAGGCCGUUCAACAGCUCGAAUACGAUCGACGCAAGUGUCAUUCUUGUUGGAAAUUCAGCAUAUCUCACGUUCGGCAGUUUCUGGACGGGCAUCUGGCAGGUCCGUCUGAACAAGGACCUGAUCUCGGCAGACUGGAAGGAUCCAGCGUCCCUGGACGCCGUGCAGCUGGCUUAUGAGCCUAGACCUAUCGAUCCAGGCGGUACGGACCCGAACCCUCUCUGCAGAGACGAGACAGGCGCGCAUCCCGUCGAGGGCAGUUUCAUCAGCUACCGCAAGCCGUGGUACUAUCUCUGGUUCAGCCAUGGGAAGUGCUGCGAGAUUGAUCCGAACAAGCUGCCUGAUGAUGGAGAGGAAUAUUCCAUCCGAGUCGGACGAUCCACCAGCCCACGAGGCCCGUUUAUCGACAGAGCCGGAAUCGAUCUCGUCAAGGGAGGUGGGACGGUCGUGUACGGAUCCAACGGGCAUGUGUAUGCACCGGGUGGGCAGGGAAUUCUGCGGGAUGGGGAUGUCGAUAUUUUAUACUAUCAUUACUUGAACAGAUCAGUUGGUUAUGCGUUCAACGACGCUCGCAUGGGAUACAACUUCCUCGAAUACGACGCUGACGGCUGGCCGGUGGCAGUAUAA